AGUUGAACUCAAGGAACCCUAGUUGAGAUCUACAAAGCAUUGCACGACGAUGAAAUAUAUCUUGUUCACAGCUGUUAUAGCCUUAUACACGUCAACGGUGUUUGGUGUGAGAUGUCAUAAAUGCUCCUCCCAUAAAGACAACUGGUGCAAGAAUGAGGGCUUCAAAAACCCUAAUAAUAGAACAACGAAGUGCACAGACGCGGUUGGAUGCUGUAAUGGUAACGGCUGCAUGUAUUCAAGAGACAAUAAAGGUAUUAGCCGUGGCUGUGUUCCCUCGUCCAUGGCUCCGAUUACCAGAGACAGGUGCGAACAAACCAAAGCUCGACACAUAUGCUAUUGCAAUGCAGCAUUUUGUAAUGACAAAGCCCUUAAAAGUAGUGGUCCGCUCACAUACGGCCAACUGCCAGUUAUAAUUGGUUGUGCUUUGGGAACUGUUUUUAUUAUGUACAAAGGCUAGAUUAGUACAUGAAGCAGAAUAUAAAAAACAUACAACAUUGACCUAUCUGCGUUCAAGGACACUGCUUUUUGAAUACACCAGUAGUGUUUAGUUUUAUCAUUAUGUUAAAAAAUCAUAAAAAUCAAAAAGACUGAACAUAAAAUGGCCGCCCAUUAUUAAUAUCAAAAUAAAGUCAUAAAUAAGUAUUCACAUAUUAACUUUCAAAAAAUCGCUCCACUAAUUGUAGUUAUAUCAAAAACACAUAAAGAUGGCCACCAUUUUUCAAUAUGGCCGCUCGCUAGCCUUAUUGUCAUAAGAAAGUAUUCAUAUACAUAAAAUUUCAACAAAAUCGCCCCACCUUCGAUUUAUAGCAAGAAAGUAAUCCUUAAAUUACAUUUUCAAAGUCUUCUCAAGCUUUGAUCCCCUACAUCAUUAUAAAAUAUAUAUCAUGUAAAGAACAUUUUGAUAAUAAACAAUAACCUAAUGAAAAGAUCAUUCAUUGUAUUUAAUAGUGUCAAGAUAUAGGGACAGAAAAUAUUCUAGCAUAUAAGAGCAUUCAAUAUACAGUUAGCAAGUGUAACACAGG